AUGGUCAACAGCAGUGCCACGGCUGAGAUGAUUGCCGGGGCGUUGGUCACUAUCAACCUGAAGGGGGCAUUGGCGUUCCAGCACAAGAUUCAUCCAGCCAGUGGUGUCCUGAGCAUGACCCUAAAGUCCUAUGAGGUGGCCCAGAGCUGCUUCGAUCUAGCCUAUGUAGUAGUGAUCAGCCAGGCCAUGAAGCUGACCUAUAACCACGGGGGUACCACUGGCUGUUGGAGCCUCCAGAUGGGGGACAUAGUACAGUUUGAGGUGUGGCCGUCCCGGCAUCGCUACCUGUCUGCAGAUGUGGGCAUUCAGGUCCUGUUCUUUGGCACAGUGGCGAUAAAGAAUGCUGCUGUGGCCCUGGGUGAGGCAGAGUCCAAGGCUGUGUGCCGUGCCCAAGGAGAUCCCCACUACACCACCUUCGAUGGCCGUCACUACAAUAUAAUGGGCACCUGCACAUACUCCAUGGUGGAGCUGUGCGGCACGGACCCGACUCUGCCUGCCUUCGCAGUGGAAGCCAAGAACGAGCACCGGACCAGCCGCCUUGUCUCCUACGUGAGCUUGGUCACUGUACGCGCUUACAGCCAGGUUGUGAUGCUGGCCCGCGGGGAGACCGGCUUUGCCCGGAUCAACAACCAGCACUCCCUCCUGCCAGUCUCCCUGAAUGAGAACCACGUGCGCGUGUAUCAGAGUGGGACCCGGGCUGUGGUGGAGCUUGACUUUGGACUGGUGGUCACCUACGACUGGGACUCCGUGAUGACAGUGACCCUGCCUGACAGAUUCAAAGACCAGGUGUGUGGGCUGUGCGGCAACUACAAUGGCAACCCUGAUGACGACUUCCUCACAUUUGACGGCGUGGAGGCCUCGAAUGCCGUGGAGUUGGCUAACAGCUGGAAAUUGGACGACGGGGAUUAUCUGUGUGAUGACGGUUGCCUAAACGACUGUCCUUCCUGCAGUAAAGAUGAGACUGACUUCUAUGAGGGCGACUUCAUGUGUGGCCUGCUGACCUUGACCGAAGGCCCCUUCUCCACAUGCCACGAGGCCCUGGACCCCAAGCCCUUUAUGAGCGACUGUGUGUAUGACCUGUGCGCAGCCAGCGGGGAUCAGAACAGCCUGUGCCGUGCUCUGAGUGCCUAUGCCCAGGCCUGCAUGGACCUGGGCUUUACGCUUGGGGACUGGAGAUCAUAUGCCAGCUGCCCCAUGUCCUGCCCAGAAAACAGCAAAUAUAAUUCCUGUGGGCCUGCCUGCCCUGAAACCUGCAACCCAGAUUUCACGUCAUCCAACUGCUCUGAGCGCCCUUGUGUGGAGAGCUGCGAGUGCCUCCCAGGCUUUGUGGCUAGUGGUGGUGCCUGCAUUCCCCAGUCAUCAUGUGGUUGUUCGUUUGAGGGCCACCUGCUGGCACCAGGCCAGGAGGUGUGGACUGACGACAGAUGCAGACAGCGCUGCACCUGCAAUGGCGCCACCCAAGAAGUCAGCUGCAUCGACACGCAAGGCUGCCCACCUGGCGAGAGCUGCCGUGUGGAGAAUGAACUCUUGGGUUGCUACCCAGGCAGCUUUGCCACUUGCCAGGCCUCCGGUGACCCACACUAUGUGACCUUUGAUGGCCGCCGCUACGACUUCAUGGGUGCCUGUGUGUACCUGCUGGCGGGCUCGUGCAACCAGAACUCAGCGCUGCCCGAGUUCCGGGUGCUGGUGGAGAAUGAGCAUCGGGGCAGCCAGGCCGUGAGCUACACACGUGCUGUGCGGGUGGAGGUAUACGGCAUGGAGUUGGUCAUUAGCAAGGAGUACCCAGGACAAGUGAUGGUGGAUGGCGUGCUUCAGUACCCUCCGUUUGAGGCCGCUGGAGGGCGCGUGCAGGUGAACCGCCUCGGUAACAAUGCUGCCAUCCACACAGACUUUGGCCUGACUGUCACCUUCAACUGGGAUGCUCUAGUGACUGUCAAGGUGCCCAGCAGCUACACAGAUGCCAUGUGUGGUCUCUGCGGGAACUUCAAUGAGGACCCCAACGAUGACUUGACUCUGCGGAAUGGCAGCCAAACGACUGAUGCCACAGACUUCGGGAACAGCUGGCAGGAGGAGGAGACGGGCCCGGGCUGUGAAGCGACUGGACCCACGGAAUGUCCCAACCUGGACGAGAUGCUGAAUGAACAGCUGCAGAAGAAGGAGAAGUGUGGAAUCCUGGCCGACCCCAAUGGUCCCUUCCAGAAGUGUCACAAGAAGCUGGAUCCUGAGGCUGUGGUUCGUGAUUGUGUCUAUGACCUCUGCCUGGUACCAGAACAACCUGAUCUGUUGUGUGAUGCGUUGGCCGCGUAUGCAGCUGUGUGUCAGACUGCCGGGGUCACCCUUGAUCCAUGGAGAAGCGAUACACUUUGCCCGUUCAACUGCACAGAGCACAGCCACUAUGAGCCAUGUGCCCAUGGUUGCCCGCUAACAUGUGGAGAAGUUCCAAGGUCCGGAGCCUGCGGUUCUGAGUGCUACGAGAGCUGUGUGUGUGAUGAUGGAUAUUUGCUCAGCGGCAACUCGUGCGUGCCCAUUAACUCAUGUGGCUGUGUGCACAAUGGUGCCUACUACAAGCCAGGCCAGACCUUCUAUCCGGGCCCGAAGUGUGACUCCAUCUGCAACUGCAAGGCGGGAGGUCAACUGUCCUGCGAGCCCUCCUCCUGUGGCCCACAGGAGACCUGCCAGGUGUCUGAUGGUGUCUUGGGCUGCGUGCCCGUGAGUUCUGCCACCUGCCAGGCCUCUGGAGACCCACACUACGUGACCUUCGACGGCCGCCGCUACGACUUCAUGGGCGCCUGCGUGUACCUGCUGGCGGGCACGUGCGGCUCGAACAACAUGACGCUGCCCGAGUUCCGGGUGCUGGUGGAGAAUGAGCAUCGGGGCAGCCAGGCCGUGAGCUACACGGGCGCCCUGACCCUCCUCAUCCUUCUGGUCUCCUCCCGUCUCUCCCAGGUGGAUGGCGUGCUUCAGUACCCUCCGUUUGAGGCCGCAGGAGGGCGCGUGCAGGUGAACCGCCUCGGUAACAACGCCGUGGUCCACACAGACUUUGGCCUGACUGUCACCUUCAACUGGGAUGCUCUAGUGACUGUCAAGGUGCCCAGCAGCUACACAGAUGCCAUGUGUGGUCUCUGCGGGAACUUCAACGGGGACCCCAACGAUGACUUGACUCUGCGGAAUGGCAGCCAAGCAGCCAACACACCUGAUUUCGGGAACAGCUGGCAGGAGGAGGAGACGGGCCCGGGCUGUGAAGCGACUGGACCCACGAAGGAAUGUCCCAACCUGGACGAGAUGCUGAACGACCAGGUGCAGAAGAAGGAGAAGUGUGGAAUCCUGGCCGACCCCGAAGGUCCCUUCCGGGAGUGUCACCAACACGUGGAUCCCCAGGGCGCUGUGCACGACUGUGUCUAUGACCUCUGCCUGGUACCAGAACAACCUGAUGUGGCGUGUGACACAUUGGUGGCAUACGCUGCCGCAUGCCAGGCUGCCGGAGCCACCGUGUACCCCUGGAGGAAUGAAACGUUUUGCCCAUCCAACUGCCCAGAACACAGCCACUACGAGGUGUGUGCCCAAGGCUGCCAGCCCACCUGCGGGAACCUCACGGUGACCGGAGCCUGUGGCUCUGCGUGCUACGAGAGCUGUGUGUGUGACGACGGCUUUGUGCUCAGCGGCAACUCGUGCGUGGCCCCAGAAUCCUGCGGCUGUGUUCACAAUGGCACCUACCACCCGCCAGGCCAGACCUUCUACCCUGGUCCCGAGUGUGACUCCCUUUGCACCUGCCAGGCGGGAGGCCAGCUGUCCUGCGAGCCCUCCUCCUGUGGCCCACAGGAGACCUGCCAGGUGUCUGAUGGUGUCUUGGGCUGCGUGCCCGUGAGUUCUGCCACCUGCCAGGCCUCUGGAGACCCACACUACGUGACCUUCGACGGCCGCCGCUACGACUUCAUGGGCGCCUGCGUGUACCUGCUGGCGGGCACGUGCGGCUCGAACAACAUGACGCUGCCCGAGUUCCGGGUGCUGGUGGAGAAUGAGCAUCGGGGCAGCCAGGCCGUGAGCUACACGGGCGCCGUGCGGGUGGAGGUGUACGGCGUGGAGUUGGUCAUGAGCCGGAAGAAGCCAGGACAAGUGAUGGUGGAUGGCGUGCUUCAGUACCCUCCGUUUGAGGCCGCUGGAGGGCGCGUGCAGGUGAACCGCCUCGGUAACAACGCCGUGGUCCACACAGACUUUGGCCUGACUGUCACCUUCAACUGGGAUGCUCUAGUGACUGUCAAGGUGCCCAGCAGCUACACAGAUGCCAUGUGUGGUCUCUGCGGGAACUUCAACGAGGACCCCAACGAUGACUUGACUCUGCGGAAUGGCAGCCAAACGACUGAUGCCACAGACUUCGGGAACAGCUGGCAGGAGGAGGAGACGGGCCCGGGCUGUGAAGCGACUGGACCCACGAAGGAAUGUCCCAACCUGGACGAGAUGCUGAACGACCAGGUGCAGAAGAAGGAGAAGUGUGGAAUCCUGGCCGACCCCGAAGGUCCCUUCCGGGAGUGUCACCAACACGUGGAUCCCCAGGGCGCUGUGCACGACUGUGUCUAUGACCUCUGCCUGGUACCAGAACAACCUGAUGUGGCGUGUGACACAUUGGUGGCAUACGCUGCCGCAUGCCAGGCUGCCGGAGCCACCGUGUACCCCUGGAGGAAUGAAACGUUUUGCCCAUCCAACUGCCCAGAACACAGCCACUACGAGGUGUGUGCCCAAGGCUGCCAGCCCACCUGCGGGAACCUCACGGUGACCGGAGCCUGUGGCUCUGCGUGCUACGAGAGCUGUGUGUGCGACGACGGCUUUGUGCUCAGCGGCAACUCGUGCGUGGCCCCAGAAUCCUGCGGCUGUGUUCACAAUGGCACCUACCACCCGCCAGGCCAGACCUUCUACCCUGGUCCCGAGUGUGACUCCCUUUGCACCUGCCAGGCGGGAGGCCAGCUGUCCUGCGAGCCCUCCUCCUGUGGCCCACAGGAGACCUGCCAGGUGUCUGAUGGUGUCUUGGGCUGCGUGCCCGUGAGUUCUGCCACCUGCCAGGCCUCUGGAGACCCACACUACGUGACCUUCGACGGCCGCCGCUACGACUUCAUGGGCGCCUGCGUGUACCUGCUGGCGGGCACGUGCGGCUCGAACAACAUGACGCUGCCCGAGUUCCGGGUGCUGGUGGAGAAUGAGCAUCGGGGCAGCCAGGCCGUGAGCUACACGGGCGCCGUGCGGGUGGAGGUGUACGGCGUGGAGUUGGUCAUGAGCCGGAAGAAGCCAGGACAAGUGAUGGUGGAUGGCGUGCUUCAGUACCCUCCGUUUGAGGCCGCUGGAGGGCGCGUGCAGGUGAACCGCCUCGGUAACAACGCCGUGGUCCACACAGACUUUGGCCUGACUGUCACCUUCAACUGGGAUGCUCUAGUGACUGUCAAGGUGCCCAGCAGCUACACAGAUGCCAUGUGUGGUCUCUGCGGGAACUUCAACGAGGACCCCAACGAUGACUUGACUCUGCGGAAUGGCAGCCAAACGACUGAUGCCACAGACUUCGGGAACAGCUGGCAGGAGGAGGAGACGGGCCCGGGCUGUGAAGCGACUGGACCCACGAAGGAAUGUCCCAACCUGGACGAGAUGCUGAACGACCAGGUGCAGAAGAAGGAGAAGUGUGGAAUCCUGGCCGACCCCGAAGGUCCCUUCCGGGAGUGUCACCAACACGUGGAUCCCCAGGGCGCUGUGCACGACUGUGUCUAUGACCUCUGCCUGGUACCAGAACAACCUGAUGUGGCGUGUGACACAUUGGUGGCAUACGCUGCCGCGUGCCAGGCUGCCGGAGCCACCGUGUACCCCUGGAGGAAUGAAACGUUUUGCCCAUCCAACUGCCCAGAACACAGCCACUACGAGGUGUGUGCCCAAGGCUGCCAGCCCACCUGCGGGAACCUCACGGUGACCGGAGCCUGUGGCUCUGCGUGCUACGAGAGCUGUGUGUGCGACGACGGCUUUGUGCUCAGCGGCAACUCGUGCGUGGCCCCAGAAUCCUGCGGCUGUGUUCACAAUGGCACCUACCACCCGCCAGGCCAGACCUUCUACCCUGGUCCCGAGUGUGACUCCCUUUGCACCUGCCAGGCGGGAGGCCAGCUGUCCUGCGAGCCCUCCUCCUGUGGCCCACAGGAGACCUGCCAGGUGUCUGAUGGUGUCUUGGGCUGCGUGCCCGUGAGUUCUGCCACCUGCCAGGCCUCUGGAGACCCACACUACGUGACCUUCGACGGCCGCCGCUACGACUUCAUGGGCGCCUGCGUGUACCUGCUGGCGGGCACGUGCGGCUCGAACAACAUGACGCUGCCCGAGUUCCGGGUGCUGGUGGAGAAUGAGCAUCGGGGCAGCCAGGCCGUGAGCUACACGGGCGCCGUGCGGGUGGAGGUGUACGGCGUGGAGUUGGUCAUGAGCCGGAAGAAGCCAGGACAAGUGAUGGUGGAUGGCGUGCUUCAGUACCCUCCGUUUGAGGCCGCUGGAGGGCGCGUGCAGGUGAACCGCCUCGGUAACAACGCCGUGGUCCACACAGACUUUGGCCUGACUGUCACCUUCAACUGGGAUGCUCUAGUGACUGUCAAGGUGCCCAGCAGCUACACAGAUGCCAUGUGUGGUCUCUGCGGGAACUUCAACGAGGACCCCAACGAUGACUUGACUCUGCGGAAUGGCAGCCAAACGACUGAUGCCACAGACUUCGGGAACAGCUGGCAGGAGGAGGAGACGGGCCCGGGCUGUGAAGCGACUGGACCCACGAAGGAAUGUCCCAACCUGGACGAGAUGCUGAACGACCAGGUGCAGAAGAAGGAGAAGUGUGGAAUCCUGGCCGACCCCGAAGGUCCCUUCCGGGAGUGUCACCAACACGUGGAUCCCCAGGGCGCUGUGCGCGACUGUGUCUAUGACCUCUGCCUGGUACCAGAACAACCUGAUGUGGCGUGUGACACAUUGGUGGCAUACGCUGCCGCGUGCCAGGCUGCCGGAGCCACCGUGUACCCCUGGAGGAAUGAAACGUUUUGCCGUGAGUAG